AUGAGGAACCACCCCACUUGGUCGCACACCCGUGGACUUCCUUUAGCUGACCCGCAAUAUCUGCGACAAGACCCUAUCGAACUUCUUCUCGGCGACACAUGCUCAACCAUCCUUCUGGACGGUCUGCGCAAGGGCAGAAAGGACGAGCCCAUCGCCCAAAGGACUUCACUAGGAUGGAUUCUUUCAGGAGGCUGUAGAGGUAUGCCGCUUCAUGGUCGUAGCAGCUCUCUGCAGUGCUCUGUCGACAGAGACCUGAUUGCUCUUGUUCAAAGAUUUUGGGAGCAAGAGCGAGAACAAUCCUCUCCGAGCAUGCUGACGUCAGACGAGAAAAAGUGCGAAGAAUUCUUCAUUCGCACAUAUGAACGUACGGCCGCACGACAAUACAUCGUAAGACUGUCGUUCUUAGGACCGCCUCCACCUUUAGCCGAAACUCGCAAGCCAGUCGAGCGUCUAUUGACUGCCAUGGAACGCCGAUGUUCCCAAGAUAACCAGUUCGGUGACCUCUAUCACACCUUCAUGCAUGAAUAUGAAGACCUGAAACAUAUGGAGUUGAUGAGCAAGUCACAAGCCAGCAAGCAAGCUGUAUGUUACUUACCGCAUCAUGGCGUACUCCGGGAUUCCAGCGUCACCACCAAACUCAGGGUCGUUUUUAAUGGAUCUCAACGCACACACACUGGUGAAUCACUGAACAGCAACCUUUUCGUCGGCGCCAAUCUCCUGCCAACGCUCGCCGACCAUGUGCACCAUUCUUGGCGAACCGAACCCUCCGCCAACUUGCCGAUGAUGAAGGAUCGAGAUAUCCACAAGAAGCGGAAGCACUGCAUCGCGACUGUUAUGUCGACGACAUCGUGA